GCGGAUUAAGCUUUCUACUCCAGAGAGUCAAGGAUUUCAGAUGGGAUUCAUCUUGAGGUCAAACUGCCAUUCUUUAACCAUUUUCCACUGCUGACCAUUUCAGGCAAUGGCGCGUACCACGAGAGCAUCUGAGCGGACAAGCGAGUUAUCGUUGAUGCGACUGAGAAUGAGCAGCUCACGCGGGAGCUUGAAGAUUACAGGCACAUCUGACUCAUACCAUUGCUCAGUCGAUGUGGGUGGUAAACAUAAUGAAAGAAAAAGAAAAGAAAAAGGUCUUCGAGAUCUUAGUCUUUGGGAUUCUAAGAGGAUAUUAGUCAACAUAGUAGGUACUUACUCCUACUCGUACGUACUGGCCACGCAGGUUAGAAGUCAAGCUCAUACACUCGAUGGUGGUGGUAUUUGAUCUUGGGACUAACAGGGAGCAUAGCAUUGGCCCUUACAUUAUAUAUGCUUAGUAUUCAUGAAAAGACCUUACUGUCUUAUGCCUUUCACAUCCAUCCAUUGAUAAUAAAAUUCCAUUUUAUUGUUCGA